AGAAAACUCUCUCUCCUUCCCCCCGUCUCUCCCAAUUUUGGCGCAUAGGUUAGCGGUUCUCUCUCUGUGCAGAUCGGACACAUCUAAUCGAAAGAAACUCAAACAAGUGUCCUCUCUAAUACUCCAAAACUUAGGGUUUCAGAAACUUCUAAUUGCCCUCCCGAACCCGCACUCCGAUUCCCACUUGAAAUUUCAAAUUUUAGGGUUAUUUUUUAGAUUUUCACUUAAUUUCGGUUCGGAUUAGGCCAUUAGGAUAAGUUACUCGUAUUCUCAGCCUCCGAUUGGUCGAUCCGCCGGAAUGGACUUGCGAGACUCAUCGUCAUCGACUGCUGCCGCUGCUCCCAAUCGCGACGGGUCCUCGGGCUCCGACGAAGACGCCCUUUUAUCCGUUGCGGCCGCUCUAGCCAAGGACGCCGCCUUGCACUUUCAGUCGGGAAAUUUCGCUGAGUGCGUCGAGGUCCUGAAGCAGCUCUUGCUCAAGAAGGAAAACGAUCCCAAAGUUCUUCACAAUGUUGCAAUUGCUGAAUUCUUUCGGGAUGGUGGUUCAGAUCCGAAGAAGUUACUUGAAGCACUUAAUAAUGUCAAGAAGAGAAUUGAGGAGCUUGCCAGCGCAUCUGGAGAGCAGGUGGAGGCUGCUAGCAAUCUUUUGAAUAAGCUUACUUUGGGGUCUAAAGGAAGUACAAUGACACAUCAACUUUCCGGUGCAAAUAGUUCCAAUGUUGUUUACACAGAUGAAUUUGACACUUCUGUGGCAAUCCUAAACAUUGGGGUUAUCUGGUUCCAUCUUCACGAAUAUGCAAAGGCUUUAUCCGUUCUAGAACCUUUGUAUCAGAAUAUCGAACCAAUAGAUGAGACAACAGCUCUUCAUAUUUGCCUCUUGUUGCUAGAUGUUGGACUUGCUUGCAAUGAUGCUAUGAAGUCUGCUGAUAUAUUAAGUUACAUGGAAAGAGCUUUUGGUGUUGGCUGCAUGAGUCAAGGUGACAAUGGAAACACGACCCAGCAACUGUCUGGAAACCUAGUAGCAAAAUCUUCCUCUAUUCCUCUCAGCAGUUCAUCGGCUAUGGAUGUUUCUCAUUCAGAUUUAGCUGCUAGUGUGAAUGCCUCAGAAAACUUUUUAUCGAGAACCUUGUCAGAAGAGGCACUUGAAUAUGAAACUAUGUUGUCAACACUAGAUAUUGGUGGACGAAAUUCAGUGAGGCCGUCUGGUCUUUCACCUCCAACUAAUCUGCCAAGGACUGCGGUUGAUAGGUCUUUUACCACUGUUGAUUUGAAGCUUAAGUUGCAUCUUUAUAAAGUUCGGUUUCUGCUUCUCACUAGGAACCUUAAGCAAGCAAAACGUGAAGUCAAGCAUGUUAUGAAUAUUGCACGUGGGAAAGAUUUGUCCAUGGCUCUCCUUCUGAAGUCUCAGAUUGAAUAUGCACGUGGCAACCACCGUAAAGCCAUUAAGCUGUUGGUGGCAUCAAGCAAUCGGACAGACAUGACAAUCUCAAGCAUUUUCAACAACAAUCUUGGGUGUAUAUAUUAUCAGCUUGGGAAAUACCAUACGUCGUCGAUAUUUUUUUCGAAGGCGCUGACUAAUACUUCAUAUCUUCGGAAGGAAAAGCCACUAAAGCUGUCAACUUUCUCCCAGGAUAAUUCUUUUCUCAUAGUAUAUAACUGUGGUAUACAGUACUUGGCCUGUGGGAAGCCAAUUCUUGCUGCUCGCUGUUUCCAGAAAGCCAGUUUGGUGUUCUACAACCGACCUCUGUUAUGGCUUCGACUUGCUGAAUGCUGUCUGAUGGCUUUGGAGAAGGGACUAAUAAAAGCAAAUCACUCUCCAUCAGAAAGAUCAGAAGUCAAAGUACAUGUUAUUGGCCAGGGAAAAUGGAGGCAACUUCUUGUUGAAGAUGGAAUAUUAAGAAACAGACAUGUGGAUUCUGUUGAAGGGGAUGAUUGUAUGCUGUGCAGUGAAGGGCAACUGAAGCUUUCAAUGUUGCUUGCCCGACGGUGUCUGCAUAAUGCUUUGCAAUUACUUAACUGCUCCGAGUCAAACCAUUCAAAGUAUGAUUUGUCUUCAAAUACCUCCUUGGAAGAAAAUGAAUCAAGUGGAGCAGCUUCUUCGAGGAACUCAAACCACAAGAACUUGCAGAACAUUGAUUCGAAAACAUUUACUGUAACAGUAGGUUUAGGUCAGGUUCAUGCAAAUGGGGAUGCCAAAGAAAUGAAGGGAGGAACAAGUCAGGAGCUCAUGCAGAACUCUCUCUCCUAUUAUGAAGAUAUUUGUAGAAAUGAAAAUCAGUUGAUCAAGCAAUCCAUUCUUGCUAACCUGGCGUUCGUAGAGUUGGAACUGGAAAACCCCAUGAAGGCCCUGUCAAUCACCAGGUCUCUAUUGGAACUUCCAGAGUGUUCUAGAAUUUACAUCUUUCUUGGUCAUGUGUAUGCAGCAGAGGCACUCUGCCUGUUAAACAGGCCAAAGGAGGCUGCUGAGAAUUUAUUGAUCUAUUUUUCGGGGGGAAAUAAUUUUGAUUUGCCAUUUAGUGAAGAGGACUGUGAACAAUGGCGGGUGGAGAGAACUGUCGAUAGCGAAGAGUUAAACGGAGGAUCAGUGACUGCCAAGAAGAAUUCAACCGAGGACUCGCAAGGCAUUGUCUUUCUAAAGCCAGAAGAGGCUCGUGCAGCACUUUAUUCAAAUUUUGCUGCUGUGUCUGCCAUGCAAGGUCAACUUGAGCAGGCCCAUCAAUUUGCAACGCAAGCACUAUCAAUAUUACCGAACAGUCGGGAAGCGACCCUGACUUCAAUUUAUGUGGAUCUCAUGCUCGGUAAGUCAAGAGAAGCUCUUGCCAAGUUAAAGCAAUAUAGUCGCGUUAGGUUCCUCCCCAGUGGCGUAACGAUGAAUAGAUCUUCUUGAUUACUGUACCAGUGUUUUUUGAGUCAGAAUGUCCAGCCCCCCUCACAGCAUUAGUUAGCACGUAGGUCAGCAAUCCUUUUUAAGAGGAUCUGUAACAUAUAUAUAGUUCAAUUUAGGGAAUAAAUUUUCCUGUUCUUUAUUUGCCCCUUCAUAUUUUUUUUUUUCCAUAUCUAGGGUUCAUUACAUGGUGGUGGCUGUGUUUUGGAUAAUGCAGAUGCCCACCUUUCAGAUUUGAGAUUUAGUUUGUUUCAGGCAAUGGUGUUGUAAUGCUAAUCCAGUUGGUAUUCGAGAAUA